AUGUUUGAGAGGACAUUUCUAUCUCGCAGACAGAACAGAGUCAGAGGAUUAGCCCGCGUAAACCGCAUCGACCGCGCCAACAGCCGAACGUCCAUAGUGCCGUCAUGGGGAGUUAACAUCGACCACGACCUGUCCAUCCGCCGCCAAAUGACCAUCAGAGUCCAGCUGCUGCUCGGCCUUAUCGAUACACCGCCGCGGCCCCCCGUCCAGCCAUACACAACCCCCCCGCGGCUAGCACUGUACCGCGUGAUCAAUGAGCGCCGCGGACCAACAGAGACACGCCGAUGCCAACACCACUCCAAGAUGGCCGCCCCCUGGGGUCAGAUCGUUCUGCUAAUGGAGGGUCCGCUGGGGGCUACGCAAACCCCAGAGGAAACACGCCCCCUCCCCUUUUUGAUGUCUGUCCAUCACAGAAAAUGGUUGGAAUUAGAAAUGUAA